AUGACCUCUCACCUUGUUCUCGGGGUUGACGGCAAGGAGGGAGGAGCAGGAGUCGUGUGGUACCCGCUCAAGCUGCGGGAGGGCAGCUACUCUCCCUCCUCUCUGGUCCACAUGGUCAACGAGGUCUUGAGGGAACAUGCGGAGCUCGCGAGCAGGAGGGUGCGGCUGUCGCUGCAGACGGAGGCGAGAGGAUCGAAGUUCUCCUUGGCGUCCCCUCAGCUCUUUCGUCUGCGGGUGGCGCCAGCUGUCGCCUCCGUCCUCGGCUUCUCCUCCCUCGAGACUCUUGCUGUGAGUGCCGGGAGCGGCUGCUCGUCGCUGACAGCUGGGCAGGUCAAGGAGGGGAACAACUUCCUCCUCUCCUCUUCCCCCUGCGGCUGGGGCGAGCGGGAUCGCCGCGCGAGGAGGUCCAGGCUGUUGCAGUCCAUGUGUCAGGAGCUCGCAGAAGCCUGCGGCUUGAUGGCUGAGCAUGUGGAGCCGUUUGGCGAGGAGGAGGAGGAGGAGGAGGAGGAGGAGGGGUUCUUCCGUUUUGUCAUUGAGCUCAGGAGCUCAGCUAUGGAGGAUCUCGGGGAAAGUUUGACGAGAGUCAUGGAAAGGGUGCAGGAGGAGCAGGCGGAAGGGAAGCACAGGAGGGGAGCAUGCAUCCUAGACUGCGAGCUGGUCCGAGCAAACUUCCUUCCCCCUCCCUUCUGGACGCAAAGGAAGUUGAGGACGCGACUUGCGGGAGUCUUUCAUGACACGCAGCAAGAGCUGGAGCAGCUUCGGCGCUUCCUCAUCCCGUCCUUGGCGUGGGCUCUCUCGUCCUCUAACGUCCGCGUGGAGUUGUUGGUCGAACCUCCUCUCGUCCUCCCCUCUCUUGCCUCCCCCCCUCCUCCCUCCCCUCAUGACCUGCAGACCUUCCAGCGCAGGACCAGCCACCUGCUCCUCCUCUGCUUGGGGGAAACGAUGAAAGAGAGCGACCAGCUUGCUCUUCUCUCCUUCUCCUCACGCGCGCUGCCAUGGAGGGCAGCUGGAGGAGACGUGGGACUUGUGCUCAGCUCGCUUCCUCAGUCUCUUCCUGCAGCAGAGCUCUUCCUCUUCCUCCGUGACCCCAGCUUCCUUUCCCAUCCCUCCUUCCAGCUCGCAGCUCGCCGUGUCCCCUCCCUGCAGGGCUCGUUCGUCGAGCAAGAUGCCAGCAGGCAGGAGGCGCUGCAGGAGGUGAAGCAGCGGCUUGUCCGCCUGCUGGGCUCUCGAGCGAGCAUCUACCCCGCAAACUUCCAAGGGUUUCAACUUGACAUGUCUGCAGCUGGAGAGGAGCGGGAGAGGCGAGAGAGGAGAGCAGAGAAGCUGCUGGCAAACAGCUCGGCAUUUGCUGGACGGCUUAAGGCGGAAGGGAGGGGAGAGGGAGGGGAGGAAAGGUUCAUGAGGGCGAUAGAGGAAGUGAAGGAGGAGGUCAUGGGCGACUGGAUGAGCCUUCGCAGGCUCCUCUUGUCGUCUGGGGAUGAGGACUCUCCUCCUCUCCCUCCUUCCCUCGACAAACCUCCCUCCAUGUCCUCCGCCCUCACUCUCGGCAAGCUCACUUCCUCUCCUCUCGUCGCUGGCGGCGUCCGUCUGGCCCUCGAGACCUUCGCCUGCCUGUGCUACUCGGCUCUCUCCUCCUCCUCCCACCGCCUCGCACAUGUCGGAAGGGACCUGCAGCCCUGGCAUCUCCUCGAGCAGGAGAGGAGCAGGCAGAGCUGUAUCCGGCGCUUUCUCCUCCAGCGGCUUCUCCACAUGAGCUCCUUAGCUCCUGCCGACAGCUCCAGCAAGCGAGGAGGAGGAGGCCGACACCUGCUGGUGCAGCAGCUGAGCGAGCAUGUUGUCGGGUCAGUCUUCGUCGGCCAUGCCGAGUGGAGGAAGGCUGUGCUGCUGCUAGUAGGGAAGCCUCGGUCGGGCAUGAGCGUACGUGAGUGUAUCCUCCAAGUUUGGAUGGAGUUGAGGUUGCGAUGGAGGAGGGAGGAGGCGUUGAGGAGCAAGCAAGAGAUCCUGGCAAGCGUGCGCUGCUCCCACGAGCAGGUGGCGGAAAACCUUCGCAAGCUCCUCCUCGCCUUCGCUCUCCGGGGCCGGCGGGUGGUGCUGAUGGUAGACGGACUGGACGAGAGGGGCAGGAAGGAGCUGGCGGGGAUCGUGUGCUGGGCGCAGGAGCGGGUGGAGAGGAGCGAGGAGUACAAGAUGUGCCGCAUGCGACGACUGGAGCUGCGACCUCCUCGCCCUCCUGCUGACAGUCAGCUGGAGAAGAAGAUCGACGGGCUCCUGGUGUCCAUCAGACAGCAGGAGGAGGAGCUGGCGAGGCUGGUGGACUCGGCUGCGAGCCUGGAGGAGUGGAGAAGGAAUGAGGAGCGGAGGACGCGGCUUGAGCAGGAGCUCGUGGCGAUGAAGCAGUCUCAAGUGCUGCUCGCAGCACAGCUGGACCAGGAGAAGAGAGACGGCGAAAGAAAGCAAGAGGACAACGAGGACGAGGACGAGACCGAGGCAGAGGCGCGGCUGGGGUAUGUUCGUUGCAUCCUCACGUGCUGUGUGGAGAGCACGUCGCCGUCGCCUGCAGCCUCAGAGGAGCAGCUGCUGAUCCCCGAGAUGACGGCCAAGGAGUCGGAAGAGCUCUUGAUGCAUCAUCUCCGUCGCUUCGGAGUUCGGGAGAAGGCAGCAGCAGCAGCAGCAGCAGCAGCAGCAGCAGCAGCAGCAGCAGCAGCAGCAGCAGCAGCAGCAGCAAAGUUUGUGAAGAAGGCAGACAAGAAUGACCUUGUCUUGUUCCUCCUCGUCGCGUUCGAGGGCUCCCAGCACGACACUCUCAUCUCCUCCUUCCUUGACAAGUGCCCAGCUACCUUGACCUCCCUCUGGCUGGACAGCGGCUCCUCCCCCUCCAACCCAUUCAGCCUCGGCCUCCUACGGCUCAUGCAAAUAGCUCGUCCCCAGCUCGUAUACCAGCUCCUCUCCUUCCUCUCGCAGCACCCUCGAGGCAUCUUGAAGGAUAUCCUCCGCUCGCGCUGCCUCGCCGAGCUCUUGAGCAUGCAACACCGGUCCUGUUACCUGUUGGCAGAGGGGAAGGGUCGCUUCCGCCGCAUGGACCUCAGCGUCCCUCUGCCGGAGAGGAGGACGUGUCUGGUGAACGGCCUGUUGUGCGAGUGGGAGGAGGCGAAGAAUGAUGUCGUGCGGCUCAGCCAGGACGUCUGGCCUGCUGGGGUGGAGGUGGAGAUGGUGGCUGCGGAUUUCAGCGAGGAGGCGAGCUUCGCCGUGCUGCAGGAGGUGGAAGAUUUGCUUCGCGAGCUUGAGCGCAUGGAGCUGGUGCUGGUGCACCAGCGGCAGGGCCAGGAGGAGGUGAUUCCACGGCACCCGGAGAUGCUCGUGUGGCGGAGGAUUUGA